ACAUAACACAGCGUCGAGCUAGACCCAUUGACAGACGUACCCUAUAUGUUGAUGGGAGCAGCUUGUUUCAAACGGAUGGGGAGACUAUGAAGGCUGAUGUCUACUGUGUAAAACAAGAAUCAACAACUCCUGCCAGACUCUUCUUGUGAUGCUGAUGCUGCAGUGAUAUUGGCCUUGGAACUUGUUGCCAGGGAACCCUGAAUCCAGUGACACCAUAUUAGUUCUUGGAAUUACUGUUGGUGUAAGCAAAGAUGGCGACAAAGCGAGAGAACUGGUCCAGCUGGCUGGAUUAUUUCCUAUCCAUCAUCGGUUGCUUGGUCGGACUGUCCAACAUAUGGAGAUUCCCCUACGUCUGUUUUCAAAGCGGAAGUGCCGCCUUCCUCAUCCCUUACUUCGUGGCCAUGUUUGUGUGCGCCAUGCCCGCCAUCUUGUUGGAAGUGUUAUACUGUCAGUAUUCCAACCUCGGUCCAGGACGUGUGUGGAUUAUCUGCCCUUUGUUUCAAGGCAUAGGAUAUGGCAUGGUUGUCCUCACCGCUAUCGUCAGCGUCUACUACAACGUCAUCCUCGCCUGGACCCUCUACUACCUUGUGCAGUCAUUUAGUACAGUCCUUCCUUGGAGCACGUGCGGUAACGAGUGGAACACUGACCUGUGUCAAAGCGCGACCAAUCAAACACAUUCGUCUCUUCUCGCCAAUGAAUCAUCGUAUUUGAGUGCUUCAUCAGGGCGCGUCAAUGUCACAACUCUGUCAACUAAUAGCACAAUCCAAAUGGUCUCGUCUUCUGAAGAAUACUGGAGCAAUCACGUUCUUCAGAUGUCCUCAGGAAUCGGUGAAGCCGGAAGCGUCCGGUGGCAGCUACUUCUAUGUUUACUGGGAGCCUGGUUGAUAGUGUUCCUCAGUCUUAUAAAGGGCAUCAAGUCCUCGGGCAAGGUUGUGUAUGUUGCAGCCACAGUUCCGUAUUUGAUUCUCAUAGCUCUGCUUAUUCGUGGAUUGCUGCUGCCGGGUGCUGUGGAAGGAAUCAGAUACUAUGUUAUACCUCAGUGGGAAAAGCUUUUGGAUAUUAAGGUAUGGCGUAAUGCCGCUGCCCAGGUGUUCUUCUCUGUGGGUAUUGGAUGGGGAGGAAUAUCUAUCCUGGCUAGCUACAACAGAUUCCACAAUAACUGCUACAGAGACGCUCUAGUGAUCCCAGUGGUGAAUUGCCUCACCAGCUUGUUUGCAGGAUUCAUCAUCUUCGUGUUCCUGGGCUACAUGGCCAACCAAUCCAACCUGCCUAUCUCCGCUGUUGUCAAAGAAGGUCCUGGUCUGGCAUUUAUGGUCUACCCCGAUGCUGUGGCGACAAUGCCGGUGUCUCAGCUGUGGUCAGUUCUGUUUUUCCUGAUGCUGUUCCUCGUCGGUAUGGACAGUCAGUUCGUUCACGUUCAGACGAUAGUCUGUGCCAUCACAGACGCCUUCCCAAGAUCUCUCGGUCAUCGAAAGUUACCAAUAACAGCUAUCGUAUGCGGUGUAGGCUUUCUCCUAGGAUUUUCCUGUGUCACUCAGGGAGGUAUCUACGUGUUGACACUGAUGGACUGGUACAUCGGGAGUAUCUCAGUCAUGGUGCUGGCGAUGUCGGAAAUGUUGGUUCUAGCGUGGAUAUAUGGUGUAAAUCGCCUGUAUGAUGAUCUGACGAUGAUGAUUGGCUAUCGAGUGUCUCCUGUAUGGAAGCCCAUGUGGCUCGUCCUCACUCCCCUGUUAGUCUUUGCAUUGCUGAUAGCAGGACUCAUAAACUUUUCGCCAGUCACACUUGGUGGGACAGGCUAUCCGGCAUGGGCUCAAAGUAUUGGAUGGAUCAUCGCCACGUGCCCCGUUCUUCCGAUUCCAUUCGGAAUGGCGUUUGCCAUUUGGAAGGAACAAGGUACCACUUUCAAAGAGAGGCUGAUCAAUACUACAAAACCUAGGAAGGAAUGGCGACCAGCACUUGAUGAAACACUUACCAACUACGAGAUGAAGGAGACAACAGCAGAUGUAUUACUUGACAAAAGUUGCACAUAGAGCUACUAUCGUCAGUAAUAUUGCCAGAUGGAUGUUUAUCAUUUGCACAGAUAUAAAACGUCAAUGACAGAUACUAAUCAGUCUCGAUCAUUGGAUGAAACUAUGUAUAUAAACACAUUAGGUGUAGGAAAUCGCGUUAUUUAGGGACCAAGGGCAGGGAAUUGUAUUCGGCCAGGGACAUCCGUUGGUUAAUUGAAAAAAGAAUUUGAAUCAUCCUAUAAAUUUGAUAUAAGUACGUAAUGUGUGUGUAUGUUGUAGUCACUUGUCGCUAUAAUUACGGGGACGGUCAGGUAGCCUAGUGGUUAAAGCGUUCGCUCGUCACGCCGAGGACCCGGGGUCGAUUCCCGACAUGGGUACAAUGUGUGAAGCCCAUUUCCGGUGUCCCCCGCCGUGAUAUUGCUGGAAUAUUGCUAAAAGCGGCGUAAAACCAUACCCACUCACUCACUCACUAUAAUUACGCGUUGGCCGUAAUUAGUUCUCCACGGUCGUUUGGGCUUUUGGUGCCCGAGCCGCGUGUUUAUCACUUUGUAUGCCGCGCGUCAUGAUUUAUGGUCUGCGAAUCAUAAUAUUGUUGGCCAAUGGCCGUCAGCCAUAGUGGUAUAUAAGGACCUGGUACUGCAGCAUUCAGUGUCGUAUCACCUCGAGUUCCCAAACACUGAAACUUUUGUCUAUUAUUACGAGGCUAUUUCACAAACUCUUGACAAACAAGAUGUCCCCCUCUUAUUUAAGUUUCAGAAUGUGUUAAUGUGUAGUUGGGUUGGGGAGAGAUUAAGAUGUAGGUAAAGUAGUAUAUAUGUAGGUUUAUCAUUGAUAUAGUGUGUGUGUGUGUG